AUGCGCUCCUACGUUAUAUUCGCUUGCUUGGCGACAAUCUACGCCGUCUCUGCGGCUCCACAAUACGGCUAUGGCUACGGGUCGCAACCAGCCGCCAGCAGUUUUGUACCCUCAGCACGUGGUGGUGAGAAAUAUUUGCCACCCGCUACCACAACACCAGCACCCAGCGUACACAAGCAAUUCUAUACGAUUUCGGCACCGGAGGAUACUGAUGAUGGCAAGCCCAAACAUUUAGUCAUCGGUCGUCCACAGAAGAACUAUCGUGUUGUCUUCAUUAAGGCACCAGGCCCCGAUAACUCCAACCGGAAAUUAUCUGCUGAAUUUGCACCACAAGAGGAGAAGACUGUCAUUUAUGUGCUUUCCAAGAAGGAUGACGAGUUGACAGCUAAUGACUUUGCCACACCAGCGCCAACGGUGCCAAGCAAACCCGAAGUCUUCUUCAUCAAAUACAAGACACCCGAGGAAGCAGAAGCAGCGCAAAAGGAAAUUCAAGAUCAAUAUGACCAACUGGGUGGCACUAAGGAAAUCUCCGAUGAAGGCACCGCCCCAGUGGCUUCGGUUAUUGGCUCCUUGGAUGGUAUUGCUCCCGAUGGCAGCUACAACUACAGAGCCAUUCAAGCGCCACCAGAGGACAUUGGCAGCGCGUCGUCACCACUUAGCCAAUUUUUGCCUGCUGCAGCUCGUUUGUAA